AUGUUAAUAGCAUGUGGAGUUCACCGAGAGCAAAGAAGAUACCUAGGAUCUGCCCUGGAAGAAGUGGGGCCAGUCUGGGGAAAGUGCCCUCCCAAACGCACUCAGCCUGAAUUCCUCAUGAUUAAGAAAGUUUACCCAAGCACCUUCCAGCAUCCAGGCCACUUGGUUCUGUUGAGUGAACGCUCUGAGCUGGCAAACAGGCAGACUGGAAUGUGGGCAUCAGGGUACUUAGGACCUUUCGGGGGCAGUGCCGUGUGCUCCCACUUCACAGGACUGCCGCCACUAGGGUUUAGGCGGGUUGAAAACCUUAAGACAGGAUCCUGGUGCCCCCAGCUCCCCUUAGCACGACCCAGAAAAAGGAACCUCAGGAAAUACAGGAAAAUCGCGCGUCCAGCCGGCCUUUCUCCCAAGCAGCAGUGCCUGGGUGUCAGCUUCGCCGGCGGCGACCUCCCGCGCCCCCCCUCCCAGCGCGAGGGGCGCCCCCAGCCCAGGGGCCUCGGGGCGGACGGCCGCGUCCACUCUGGCCGGAAGCCCUGCCUACCGCUCAAGGACGCUGGACCCGGGAGGCCAGGCGAGGAUGCACGGCCGCCUGCCCAGCGCGGGCCCCGUCGGGGGAGGUGGGCCCCGGGAGCGGAUCCUGCCUGGGAUGGUCUGGGGAUGAUCCAGGGCAUCGUCCGGACUCAACCCACAUGCCCGGCGCCCCGAAAGACGGAAGCACUUGCGCUGGACCCAGUUCUCCCGGCCGGUGGGAGAGUGUGGACCCUGCGGCCGCCAGGCCCCGAGCCUGUGGGCGGUACCAGGCGGAGCCGCGGACGUCCGGGCCGACCCGAGCGCCCCGGCGGCUUUGCGCGCUGCCACCGGGUCCCGAGGUCGGAGGCGGGGCCUGCGGUCAGGGCCCCCCGCGCUCCAGCAGCCCGCGACCCCGCCGGGCGCUCCCGCUGGCCUGGACUUGCUGUUACUACUGUAUCACUACAAUUACACAGGCACCAUGCUAUCUUGAGGGUCUGCACUCACUUCUCACAGGCCAGGUACCUUGUAUCCCUACAAGUGCUUCUGAGCCCAAGAACCCUGACCUGGCUCCCCUCCUCCUCUCUCCUCCUUCCCCUGGGUUCGGCUCAUGGUGACUUCCUCCAGGACAUCCUUGCCCGCUCAGCAGCGUGUAAGACUGAGGGUGUAUGCUCCACUGAGGUUGGCAAUCUGCCAGGGAAUGUGAGGAAGAACCGCUACAAAGAUGUGUUGCCGUAUGAUCAGACACAAGUGAUCCUCUCCCUGCUGCAGGAGGAGGGACAUGGCGACUACAUCAAUGGCAACUUCAUUCGGGGCACUGAUGGAAGCCAGGCCUACAUUGCCACACAAGGACCCCUGCCUCACAGCAUGCUAGACUUCUGGCGCCUGGUCUGGGAGUUUGGGGUCAAGGUAAUCUUGAUGGCAUGUCGAGAAAUGGAGAAUGGGCGGAAAAAGUGUGAGCAUUUCUGGGCCCAAGAACGGGAACCACUACAGAUUGGGCUUUUUUGCAUCAUCCUGACAAGGGAGACACGGCUGAAUACAGACAUCGUGCUCAGGACCCUCCAGGUCACUUUUCAGAAGAAUUGCCCUUCUGUGUAUCAGUUGCAAUAUAUGUCCUGGCCAGACAGAGGAGUCCCUAGCAAUCCUGAACAUGUGCUCACCAUGGUGGAGGAAGCCUAUCGCCUCCAGGGAUCUGGCCCCAGCCCCCUCUGUGUCCACUGCAGUGUGGGUUGUGGGUGAACAGGUGUCCUGUGCACUGUGGAUUAUGUGAGACAGUUACUCCUGACCCAGAUGAUCCCACCUAACUUUAGCCUCUUCAACGUGGUCCUGGAGAUGAGAAACCAGCGGCCUGCAGCUGUGCAGACAGAGGAGCAGUACAGGUUCCUAUACCACACAGUGGCUCGGAUGUUCUCAGCACUCCAAAAUACCAACCCUCUUUACCAGAAUUUCAAGGAGCAUUGUGCCCCAGUCUACGAGGACGCCCUGUCCUUCCAGACCUCCCUGGCCCUUACCACCACACCACGCCCAGUUGGCGAGGUCCUCAGCAUCUCGGAGCCGGGGCCCCCGGGCCUCGCCAUGGCCGACACGUACGCGGUGGUGCAGAAGCGCGGGGCGCCGGCGGGCCCCGGGGCGGGGGCGCGGGGCGCGGGCGCGGGCGCGGGCGCGGACGAGGCGCCGCUGUACAGCCAGGUGAGGCCGCGCGCCCGGAGGCCGCCGGCGCACGCGGAGGACGCGCGGGGGCUGCUGCCCGGCGGCGUUCCUGCCGACCAAAGCCCUGCCGGGCCUGAUGCCUAUGAGGACGUGGUGGAUGGCCCUCAGACCGGUGGGCUAGGCUUCAACCUGCGCAUUGGAAGGCCUAAAGGGCCCCGGGACCCCCCUGCUGACUGGAGCCAGGUGUGAGUGCGCAAGCUGCCUGCCUGUUGCCCGCCACGAGCACCUGCACUGCUGACGGCCGUGUUCUGCUAUGUGAAGUGCUGGGAAUGGGAAUGCUGGUCCUGGAUCAAAAUAAAAGUUUCUCAGGGUGGAAAUAUA